AUGAUGGCUGAUUCACAUCACUCGGACUAUGUUAAAGUGCUAAAAAUCAAAGGAGCAAAUGGUGAAGAACGCACGUUGCAAUUCCCGCUUAAACUCGACCUUGAACGGCCAAAACGUCCGCGUACGACUUUUUCCGAAGAGCAACUUCGGCUGCUCGAAGAGGCAUUUCAGGAGAAUGGCUACUUGACUGGCGAGGCACGACUCGCCCUGGCUACUCGACUAGCCCUAAGCGAUACUCAGGUAAAGGUUUGGUUUCAAAAUCGUAGGACAAAAAGCAGGAAGAAGGCGACGACUGAAGAAAACAGGACAAAUAUCAUCUCUCCAAAAGUAGCCACAACGACGUCACAAGCUCUACCGGCACAACCAUCUUUACAUUAUCCAGGCUACACGUAUCCUCAGCAGCAGUUCAUGACAUCUACGCCAUUCUACCCUUUUUCGACAUUAAUGCCUUCACAAAUACCGUUCUGA